AUGUCCCUAUUCCAGCACGAAGCUCUUGCUACGAGCCCCAGCUGGCAGGGACUCCGGUCUGUGAAGCAUCUUGUCAUAUUCGGGGACUCUUACAGCUCUGUGGAUUAUGACGGCCUCCAGUCGCCUCACCCGACUUGGCAAGAGCCUCUUGGUGUCCCAUUCCCGGGUCGCACGUGGGCUUCGAUGAAUAAGGAUGACCCAAAUUGGGUUGGUCAUCUCGUCAACAUGAUCGCGGAUGAGCGUCAGGACCUUCUCGUGUUUGACUAUGCGAAAGGCGGAGACCGCGUCGAGAACUUCGAUUACCAGGUGAACAAAGGUUUUCAGACCAUCCGCGAUAAGCCUGAGUGGGCUCCGUGGACGGCGGGAGAUUCGCUAUUCGUCACCUGGGUUGGCAUAAACGAUUGCGCAUACAUCGGUGCUGGUAUAGGAACGGCGAAGACCAGUAUUGCGACACUAUUCAAGUACCAAGAGAUCCUAUACGAAGCUGGGGCACGAAACUUCAUGUUCGUUGAUGUACCGCCCAUGCACUUGGCUCCUUCAUGGAAACGACUCAUGUCUCCGGAAGCGAUUGCAACCAGUACUGUUGCUAUCUGGAAUAAGCAACUCGUAUCACGCGCCAAGAAGUUCGCGGCGGAUCAUCCUGACGCCACUGUUAUCCUCUUUUCGUCCUGGCUCGCCUUCUCAAUAAUACUAGACAACCCUACGGAAUAUGGGCUAAAACCCAGCGAUAUACAUGAGGGAUUCAGCUCUGUUUGGUGUGACCAUUUGCAUCCUACAUCCUCUGUUCAUCGUGGUGUAGCUUUGGCUAUUCACGAUUUCCUUUCUCAUGUAGCGCCGGUGGUGUCACCUACUACUACGACAACUUGA